GUUGACUAUAGUUAGCUUAAACGUUACCUGCUAAACACGGGAGGAGCCUCGUACAGUGUGUUUCAGGAUAUUAAGGCACAGUUUUAUCAAUGCAAUCAUCGGUUAACAUAUACAGCUAUGCCUGAGGAUAGUAUGGACAAGCCCAACAUAGUUACAUGUACUGCUCCGGUGAACAUAGCUGUCAUCAAAUACUGGGGCAAGAGAAAUGAAGAAUUAAUUCUACCCAUUAACUCAUCUCUGAGCGUUACUUUGCAUCAAGACCAGCUUAAAACAACAACAACAGUUGCAACCAGCAGAUCAUUUCAGGAAGAUCGAAUAUGGCUCAAUGGUAAAGAGGAGGACAUAACCCAUCCAAGACUACAGUCCUGUCUUAGAGAAAUUCGCCGAUUAGCAAGGAAGAGACGUAAGGAUGGGGAACCCGGUUUGGAUUCAACUGGUUUGUCUCACAAAGUCCACAUCUGCUCUGUUAACAACUUCCCCACUGCUGCCGGGCUUGCCUCCUCAGCUGCUGGAUUCGCUUGUCUAGUUUACACCCUGGCCCGGGUGUUUGGCGUAGAGGGGGAGUUGUCUGAGAUUGCUCGACAAGGCUCAGGUAGCGCUUGCCGGAGUAUGUAUGGAGGAUUUGUCCAGUGGAUCAUGGGAAAGAAAGAUGACGGCAAGGACAGUGUAGCCCAGCAGGUGGAGCCAGAGACCCACUGGCCUGAGCUCAGAAUCCUUGUACUAGUGGCCAGUGCAGAGAGGAAGCCAGUGGGCAGCACCUCUGGUAUGCAAACCAGUGUACAAACAAGCUGUCUUUUAAAGCACCGAGCUGCGUCUGUCGCCCCAGGCCGGAUGGUAAAGAUGAUUGAAGCGGUGCGGAGAAAGGACUUUGCUGCAUUUGCUGAACUAACCAUGAAGGACAGUAACCAGUUCCAUGCCACCUGCCUUGAUACGUACCCUCCCAUCUUCUACCUCAACAGUGUGUCUCAACAGGUUAUCAAUUUGGUGCAUCGGUAUAAUUCACACUACGGGGAGACAAGGUUGGCCUACACAUUUGAUGCAGGACCCAACGCUGUGAUCUUCACUCUACAGCACCAUGUUCCUGAGUUUGUUCAGGUGGUUCAACAUUUCUUUCCCCCAGAGACCAACGGAGGACAGUUUAUUAAGGGCCUUCCAGUCAACUCUGCUGCUCUAACUGAGGAGCUGAAACAGGCUAUUGGUCUAGAGCCCAUGCCAAAGGGAAUAAGCUACAUUAUUAGUACCAAGGCUGGACCAGGCCCUUGUGUUGUGGAGGAUCCCACUCAGCAUCUACUUGGAUCUAAUGGGUUGCCGAAGAAAACUGAGUGACGCCACGCAGCCCUAAUCGGACAAAGUUCCUCUGAGCAAUAAUGAAGCCAAUUCAGGAGAGAUGAAUCAUCAUUAAUCAUUAUGUAACUAGGUUUUUACAAAUCACAGCAACACCAGUCACCUCCCUUAACAUUGUGGACGCUAAAAUGUCUUCUUUAAUUAUCAAACUGUAGUGGUGUGUUUCUCCCCAUCUCUUUUUCACUCAUUAUUCCUGUAUGAUCCUGUAUAGCGCUCUUGAUUUCUCAGUAUCUCCAUAUAGAAUCUGUUUCAGAGGUAAAUGACUAACAGGACUUUAAUUGUUUUUAUUUUCAUCUUGUGAAAACACAGUUUCAGCCCUACAGUACAUACUGGAGUUAUAUCAAUGUCUGUAACAAUAAAUAAAAUAUAUUUUAGUCAA